AUGGAAUUCGAGAUCAUUCAUAUUGCCGAUGUUGAUGUACUUGUUAGUAAUCACUCGCCUCAGAUAUGUAUACUUACUGAAAUUGGAAAAGCUGUAAUGAAGAAAAUUCCUCAUUUUCCGGACUAUAGUACUAUACUUCAAGAAGGAACGAACUCCUUUGGAGGUGUUGCUUUUUUAAUACAUAAAUCGAUCAAGUACAAAAUAGUAAUCGGAGAAUUGAAUUUUCUAUUAAUUGAAAUUGAAACAAUACCUGAACCAACUAGCGUUGGCGCUGUAUAUGUACCUCCUGGAACAACACCUCCAUUUCAGCUUUUUACGAAAUGUCGAAAUAAACCGUUUUUCAUCUUUGGUGACUUCAACGCUAAACACAGUGAUUGGGGUUGUGAAGGAAAUAACGUUAGUGGAAAUCAAAUAGCUUCAUGGUUGGAAUUGACAGGAAAUGAAAUGAUUAUACCGGAUAAACCAACCUCUCGUAGAUCUAAUUCUAUAAUUGAUUUCGGAUUAACGCACGAUGCCACGGGUUGGUACACGGAAGUGGUUGAGGAUGGUACUUCCGACCACUUUCCCAUAUUAUUACAAUCCCCUCUAAGUGUUCCUUUAACAGCAGUUUUUAAGAAAACAAAUUGGAAGAUCUUUACGUUCUUUCUUAACGCUGUAUAUGAAUAUUGGUUGUCUCUAGUAUACAACUAUGACGAUCAAUUCUUUUUUACUCAUUUUUCUGAAUUUCUAACAAGUCUUUGGGAUAGAUGUAGUACUUAUGAAUCAGCAAGACAAUAUAGACCACCAUGGCCACCACAUCUAGUUACUCUUGCUCGUGAAGUGAAUAGAAGACGACGUAUAUAUAGACGAAAUAAAACUGAAAUCAACCUGUACUUAUUUCUUCAGAUAAAAGCUCUUUUUAUCGAUGAACGUUCUCAACUAAUCCAACAGAACUACGAAUCCAAACGCGAAUGGAUAUUGAAGGAUCAGAAUAUUUGGAAAUUUGUUCGUCCUACCUUCCACUCGUUUUCCCCCCCAUUUCGAGGUCUAACUGUUAACUCAGGCAUUAUGAAAAAUCCGAAGGAUAUAGUUGAUACACUUGCUAAUCAUUACGAGCAACACUUCGCUGAGCCUACACCUGAUACGAACAAUGUAAUACAACAAAAAUAUAUAGCUAUUUAUAAUAAAAUUGCUCUUCUGCCAAAUAUCCCAUUAGAUCCAAUACCAAUAAACGAAAUUAAACUUCAUGGUACAUCAUCAGAUGAAGCACCAAGUACAAUCUUAUUUUAUGUAUUACGUUCAACACCACUGACAGCAGCACCUGGUUUACCUACGAAUGACGCAUUAUUGAAAACAAUUCGUCGUGAACGACCAGCUAUACAACUUGAUCAUCAUGGUCGUUUACCUCUUAAAUUACGACAAACUGAUCGUGAUGAAAGCUUCAUCUUGUAUGAAGAUGAUUCUAUGAUUAUAUUUACAUGCGAUAAAAAUCUUUCGAUAUUAAAGGAAUGUAAACAUUGGUUCAUGGACGGAACCUUUAGUAUAUGUCCCAACAGUUAUUAUCAAUUAUUUACUGCACUGUAA